UGUGAAAUUUGUGUACAACGAACGGUUGGCGAAUAACUAGGAGCAGCCAUAAACUAAUAGAGAGUUGUUAUAAAUUGUUUGUUUAAUUUUAGAGUCAAAACGCAUCCAAAUUUUUUAAUUAAAAACUAUUCUUAUAUACUGUUUAGUCUUCAUAUAUCUUUUUGCUCAUAAUCGUAUUUAACGGUUUUGCGAUGUUGAAUAAUUUCGAAAGCACCACGCCAGUAAAUGAUCUAUUAAACAAUACGACAACGACGCAAACUCAAUCCGACUUCCAUUGUUGUAAUUGGUUUGGGCUUUAUCAUUAUCUGGUCGUGCUCUUUGUUCUUCUAGUGGGAUUAUGUAUACUGUUCGUGAAGAUGAUAAUUAAAGCUCAACGAAAAGCAUAUAGACUAUUGCAACCAGCUCGUCUACGUGCCCAAGGCAGUGGUAAUCCAUGCAACCCACCGGCCAACGGAGACUGCGCAGGAAACACAGCGCCCAGUAUCGACAAUCCGCCAACAUAUGAGUCCGCUAUGGCAAAUUACCUCGACGCAAAGCAACAGUUGCGUCAGAUGGAGGAAGGUGCCUUAGCUGGUGCUAAUGCUAUGACUGCUUCCACAACAACAAUCGAAACGUGUGUCUCUGAUAUUGGCCAAAGUCAUACCGACUUGAGACGCAAUACAAACGAUGCCGCACCCACAGGCAGUGUUGUGCUCAACACAGCCAACGUAACACCAAAGCAGCCGCUGCAGUAAUAAAAAUUAUAUAUGUACAUACAUACAUACUAUGGGAUCACUAACGGUAUGGUUGUACAAUUCUACUGAAUAAGGAGUUAUUACACAAGUGAUCCACCACUAGCAAUUCGUACAUGCAUAUAAAACUAAUGCUAUAUACUGCACACUUUACCAAAAUAUACAUACAUAUAUAUAUAUAAA